GGAAUAUUAGUACUAUUAUAUUACGAAUUAGUCGUGAAUAACUUUAGUCAUUUUUUUUUUUCAUUUUUUUCGUGUGUUAAACUUUUCUCACUACGUAUUAUCGCCUGUCUGUGUUCGACACUCUAGCACAUUUGAUUCUUGUGCACAUUCGCGAUCGAACACCGCUCUGCUAAAAACGCAACAAAUCCAACCUCCAGAGAAACAGAAAACCAGAGAUUUUGUUUAAAUAAUUUUUUUUUCUUCACAAAUUCGAAAAUAGACAUACAAAAUGACUGAAUCAGAAACAACUGUAAAAACCUACUCAUUGGCCGAAAUUGCAAAACACAAUUCAAACCAAACGACCUGGAUUGUUAUUCAUAACAACAUUUAUGAUGUGACGAAAUUUUUAAACGAGCAUCCUGGUGGUGAAGAGGUGCUUUUGGAGCAAGCCGGCAAAGAUGCAUCCGAAUCAUUUGAAGAUGUUGGCCACAGUACCGACGCACGUGAAAUGAUGAAACGCUACAAAGUCGGCGAGGUUAUCGAAUCGGAACGGACAGCCGUACAAGAGAAAACACCCCAAUACUGGAACAACGAAACAUCAUCCACCGAAGAUGAAUCAGCAUACAAACAAUGGUUGAUUCCUUUGGUAUUGGGAAUUCUAGCAACAAUUAUUUAUCGCUAUCUCUUUUUGUAAUCGGCAAUUGAACAACAUUUUAUUUCAAAACAAAUAAAUCGAAUGCAUACUAGCUUUUUAAAAACACAGAAAUAAAAAACAAAACAAAUAUAUGAAACAAUGAGUGAAAUAAGGAGUGUAGUCUAGACAUUUUAUAAAAUUAAACAAGCAAACAAAUAUUUUUACGCCGUACAAAAUAUUUUUUCGUCUAGUUAAAAAUGAGGGGAAAAAGAUGAUAAAUAAAUUGUUAACUUUUUUAAUUCUAUUUUGCUAAGCACACAAAAUCACUCGUAACGGAUUUAUUGAAUGCACAGAAAACAAAUGGUUAAAUACAAAUACACAAAUAAACACAAA